AUGGAGGGCCGCCGGCCCUUCGCCGCCGACGAGAAGUUCGGACGCGCCGCGGAUAUCCAGGCUCUGUCGACACCGACGGCGGCAGGGCGCCGGCUGCCGCAAGGCGGGCCUAGCGCCGUCUCGGCCUCAGGAAAAGCCAGCGCGCACCGAGGGAAAUCCGGCCUCUGCCGACGGUGGAGGCCGCCGGGCCUCGCCGCCGCCGACGAGAAGUUCGGACGUUCCGCGGGAUAUUCGGCCACAACCGACUUGAGGGCCGCCGGCCCUUCGCCGCCGUCAAGCGGGACUAGCUCGGCCGUAGUCUCGAUCGGAAGCCAGCACUCGCCGCGAGCCAUCCAGUCCCGGCCGGCCAGCAGGGCCGAGAUCCCCGCCACAACUCCGGCCGCAGCCGGGCUGCUUGCCGAGGACCUAGCCAGCGCGCUGCGGCACCUCGACGAGGAGUUCGAGGCGGGCGAGAGGCUGGCCAACGAGCAGACGUGGUGUGCGCCGGUGCCGCGCGAGAGGCAGGUGAGGACGGUGCGGAAGUUCUACCGGGCGUUCCACGACGCUGGCACGCUGCCGAUCGCGACCUGCACGCUAUGCUACCGGAAGCGGGCCAAGGGGAGCUGA